CUAACGGCCCAUAUUCACCACUUUAAUGCCUUUAAAACCCUUCACUCACUGAUCGCAGUCUCUUCAGUGUCUGUCUGAAACUAUGGAAGCUUCCAAGUUUAUUAUCCUCCUUUUAGCUUCUAUCAUCAUAUACACCGCCACUCUUGCACGUGCUGACCUCCCCGGCACGUGGGAACUCCUGGUCGCCAACGCCGGCAUAGCCUCCAUGCAUACCGCCGUCACACGCUUCAACACCGUCGUCCUCCUCGACCGCACUAACAUCGGCCCAUCUCGCAAAAUGCUCCGGAAAGGCCACUGCCGCAAUGACAAAUACGACGCCGUACUCAAGCGCGAUUGCUACGCCCACUCUGUCAUCUUGGACCUCCAGACCAACCAAAUCCGACCGUUGAUGAUCCUCACCGACACCUGGUGCUCUUCCGGUCAGUUCCUCCCCGACGGCACCCUCCUACAGACCGGCGGCGACCUCGACGGCGUCAAGAAAUUCCGUAAAUUCGUGCCUUGUGAAUCCACUGCGCUCUGCGACUGGAUUGAACUUCAAGAUGUCGAAUUGGCCGACGGCCGAUGGUACGCCACCAACCAGAUACUACCGGACGGUUCGGUGAUCAUUGUCGGUGGCCGAGCUGCUAACAGUGUGGAGUUCUUUCCGCCGAGGCAAGGUGGUGCCGUACAUUUUCCGUUUCUUGCUGAGGUGGAGGACAACCAAAUGGACAACCUCUACCCUUACGUUCACCUCCUUCCCAACGGUAACUUAUUCGUCUUUGCAAACAGCAAAGCCGUAUUGUAUGAUUACAGUAAGAAUGCAAUUCUCAGAGAUUAUCCGCCGUUGAUUGGUGGCCCACGAAACUACCCGUCUGGUGGAUCGUCUGUGAUGCUGGCUCUGGAAGGUGAUUACUCGACCGCUGUGAUUGUAGUUUGCGGUGGGGCCCAGUACGGCGCAUAUAUUGAUAGGAGUACUGACGCCCCGGCGCACGGUAGCUGCGGCCGGAUUGUGGCGACCCAACCCGACUCGGGUUGGGAAACGGAGGACAUGCCAUUUGUUCGGAUCAUGGGUGAUAUGGUGAUGUUGCCGACCGGCGAAGUUUUGAUAAUCAACGGAGCUCAGGCGGGGACUCAAGGGUUUGAGAUGGGGUCGAACCCGUGUUUGUACCCGGUUUUAUACAGACCCUCUGAACCCAUUGACCUCCGGUUCAUGACAUUGAAUCCCGGUUCAGUACCCAGAAUGUACCACUCCACGGCGAACUUAUUACCGGACGGGAGGGUACUAAUCGCCGGAAGUAAUCCGCAUUAUUUUUACAAAUUCGCUACCGAUUUCCCGACGGAGCUCAGAAUAGAAGCUUUUUCACCGGAAUAUUUGUCGGCAGACAAGGCCAAUAUUAGACCGGUAUUGGAGCAAACGCCGGAGACGUUACGGUACGGUGAGGCAUUUGAUGUGUUUAUAUCGGUUUCGCUGCCGGUGGUGGGGAUUGUGGAGGUGAAUUUGGGGAAUGCACCUUUUGCGACCCAUUCGUUCUCGCAGGGACAGAGAUUGGUGAAGCUUGCAGUCACGAGCGCAUUGCCGAACGGGGAUGGACGGUAUAGGAUUGGAUGUACGGCGCCGCCGGAUGGGAGAGUGGCGCCGCCGGGAUAUUACAUGGUGUUCGCCGUAAACACGGGGGUGCCGAGUGUGGCUCGUUGGGUCCAAUUAGUGGCCUGAUUUUUAAUUACUUCUUUGUCGUCUUUGUUUUUGUUUUUUGGAAUUUAGUUCUUUAUAUUUUAUUUAUUUUAUUAGUUUGGGUGCCAGCUUCAAUUAUUGUCAUUUAUGUAAGUGUUGAUAAGGAAAACGACGGGUCGAGGAAGUUUACAGAAUUCUGUAACACUUGUCAAAGGUUUGUGCUUUGUUUAUGCAAAAAAAAAAAAUGAGAAAAUGUUUGUUUGGAUAA